AUGCCGGAGGUGGACAAGGAUGCACAGAUGCUCGAUGGAGCCACCCCACUCCUGGCCGCAGCUUUGCAGGGCCAUGUGAACGUGGUGCAGCAUCUCGCGCGGGUGAAGGCAGACAUCCACAAGACGACGAAGGACGGCGCAUCUGCACUGCAUGCUUGUGCCCGCUCUGGUCACGUAGCGGUUGCGCGGUUUCUCUGCGAGGCAGGAGCGGACAAGGAUCGGGCGAUGAUGGAGGGAGCGACCCCGUUGUUGGCAGCCGCGCUGCAAGGUCACACGGAGGAUGUGAAGCAGCUUGCUGAGUUCCUGAAAACGGAGUAUCCCAUACGCUGUGCGGAGCGCAUCCAGAUGAUCGAAGCAUUGCCUGGCUGGUCAUCAGCGCCUGAGCUUCAAGAGGUACACAGACGGCACUGGAAUGCCUUUGUCGCAAUGCGUCACUUUCAAAGCUCUGACGACCUCACACUCUUCACUGAAGUUGUCGAUGACAUCGUCAACAGCAACAAAGAUGUAGUUGCAUUGAUGGCAAAGGCCAUGCAAUGGUUAUCCCGGGAAAGACCCGAGCAGUUCCAUGCAGAAUUUGUGGACACAUUCCUUGACAACUUCCUGUUGAAUCGACUUGGCAGCAAUGUACUUUUGUCGCAGUAUCUUGCGGCUGUUGACAAGACAAGACUGGUCGUGGGGACUAUUGACCCUCAUUGUGAUGUUACGGAGAUCUGCAGGGAGAGUGCAGAGGAGGUUCAGCGGAUAUGCAAAUACUAUACACAGCUGGCUCCAUCGAUCUCAAUAGAGACACAUGACGUGACUGCAGACGAUCAGUCCGAUUUAAAGUUCGCAUUUAUCCCUGGCAUCAUCAGCUACAUAGUGCAGGAAAUUUUGAAAAACAGUGCUAGGGCCACACUGCAUCACCUUCUAUCAGACAUCGAUGUUGAUCGAUUUCCCAUCAACAUCGUUGUUUCUGGUGAUCAUAAGCGGGUCAUGAUCCACAUCAGUGACCGUGCAGGCGGAAUUCCUUUUGAUGUUGGUCAGCAUGUGUGGUCAUAUCUCUAUACGACGGCCCUCAACGACGUAAGCUGUUUGGCUGGAUUUGGUGUCGGCCUCCCAAUCUCACGGCUCUACGCGAGUUAUCUCGGCGGUUCCAUGAAUCUGGUAUCCUUGCCCGGAUAUGGAACUCACGCCUAUGUGUAUUUUCCACGGCUCAACUCAGAGCAGGUGGUGCGCUAUCUGUGUGAUGCCGGAGCUGACAAGGAUCGCACCAUCUGUGACGGAGUCACUGCCUUUCAUGCAGCUGCAGAGCGAGGUCAUGCAGAGGUGGUGCAGUGCCUUUGCGAGGUGGGAGCAGACAAGGACAAGGCAAUGCGAAAUGGCCUGACGCCCUUGAUGGCUGCUUGCCUCCAGGGCCACGAGGAGGUGGUGCGUGUCUUGUGCGACAACGGCGUCAUGAUGGAGACCCCGAUGCGUGAGGAUCUGGUGUUGGCUGCCGUGACUCUCGUGAAGCACCAGCCGCAUUCUCAGAUCUUCCUGUGCGAUCCGGGGAAGGUUGUCGAGGAGAAGCAUUGCCGGCAAGGUGCGACAUCGUUACAUGUUGCGGCCCUCCAUGGGCAUUUGGGUGUUGUAAAGCAGCUCUGCAGCGCACGUGCCAGUUUAGAGGCCGCCAUGCGUGUGGGCUCAACACCACUCCUGGCAGCCGCGCAAGCAGGCCACAGUGAAGUGGUGCGAUUCCUUUGCCAAGCCGAGGCGGAUUUGAACGUUGCGACUGGCAAUAAAGACGGUGAGUCUCCACUCAUGGCCGCCGUGCUACGAGAUCAUGCAGAGGUUGUGCAGGUGCUGUGCCAAGCUCGUGCCGACCCGCUGAAUGCAGCCACCAAUGGUGCUACUCCGUUGUUUGCCGCUCACGUUCUCGGCUUGGGAAGCGUCGCCAACAUCCUGAGGCAGACGGUUGUUCCCGAGAGUUCCAUCCUGCGUUUUUGCCCGCGCCGCUGCACGCAUCGAUGCCGAGCCCCAGGCAGUCUCCGGACUAGUUGA